AUGCUGCGGAUAGGUAUUGGUUCCAUCAAGCAACUCGGUUCCUCAGUGCCAGGCUAUAACAAUACUAGUUACCACGCGGCCGGGAGGGUUAUAAGAACAUCAAACCCGUACAGCAUAGUGAUCUCAGUCAACUGGAGAAAACACCUGCAUUCUUCGACACUACUAAAUAAAGAAGGUCAGGAGGAGAGUUAUAAUGAACAGCUCGUUUCAAAAAAGAUUUUACAAGAUGGACGGAAUUCCAAACGCAAUGACAGUGAACAGAUAAAGGAAAGAACCACUCCCUCUGCGAAGUCGUUGCUGCAGCAUACUCAUAGUCAUAGCCACACACAUAUGCAUGACAAUCCUCUAUUGUCGCUGAAUGUACAGCAAAUUAAAAAGAAUCCUGGCGUAAGAAUAACAUGGAUAGGUCUCGCAUCAAAUGUGGGGAUGGCAGUGGGAAAAUUUAUAGGAGGAAUUACAUUUCAUUCUCAAGCGUUACUUGCUGAUUCCGUGCAUGCUCUUAGUGAUUUAGUAUCUGAUUUUUUAACACUGUUUUCUGUCCAAUAUGCAUCUCGUAAACCAACUUCGGAGUAUCCUUAUGGAUAUGGUAAAGUGGAAACUGUAGGGUCUCUGGCAGUAUCCACAAUCUUGACAAUGGCCGGUAUAUCUAUCGGUUGGUCAUCAUUAUGCGCUAUUGUGGGGCCCAUCAUCCCUCAUGUAAUUCUCGAAUCAAUGGCUGGUUUAAUCGGUGAGACGCAUUCACAUUCUCAGUCUUUGACGCAGCAGGCAACUAACGUCAAUGCUGUAUGGAUUGCAGCGGGUUCUAUCUUGGUUAAAGAGUGGGUUUUCCAGGCAACAAAGAAAGUUGCUAUCCAAACAAAUUCUAAUGUACUAAUGGCAAACGCGUGGCAUCAUCGUGUCGACUCUUUGACGUCAUUAGUAGCAUUGGUCGCUAUCACGUCUAGUUAUUUUUUCAACAUUCAAUCUUUGGAUAAUUUAGGUGGGCUUGUGGUGUCAGGUUUAAUUAUAAAAACUGGUGGACAAGGUAUCUUAACUUCAUUGAAGGAGUUAGUUGAUCAGUCCAUACCACCCACUGAUCCUCGUUAUUUAGAAAUUGAAUCUGUCAUAAAAGACAGCAUUAGCAGUUUGAAAACGGACUUGGAUCUCAAGCAAUCGUUAUAUGUAAAAGACCUCACUAUAUUAGCAUCUGGCCCUAACCUUCGUGCCACCACAACUUUGGAGGUACCAGUUUCACAUUCAGGGCAAGAAGUCGGGAUAAGGUUUUUGGAAAAUGCUAUCUCGACUAUAAGGCAAGAUUUGCGUCUGAAAGUACCAAAUGUGGGGAAGGUGGACGUCGAGUUCGUUGAUGUAACUUCUGACUCUAAAAGUGACUUGGAACAAACUCACGAUAUUAAAUCAGGAAGUCAUAGUCACAGCCACUUCGAUUCUGCUAACAAUCACAUCCGUAAACAUUAG